AUGGUGAAAUGGGCUGUCGAUGACCCGACGUGCAGGGAGGCAAUGCUGAACAACAAGGAGUACAGAUGCUUGAGCGCUCAUAGCCACUGCGUGGAUGUCACCGACGACAGAACAAGCAAGCAUGUGGGAUACAGGUGCAAAUGCUCUUCCGGUUUCCAAGGAAAUCCUUACCUCCAAGGUGGAUGCACAGAUAUCAACGAGUGCUUGCAGCCAGAUAAAUACACUUGCAAUGGAAUCUGUCAGAAUAGCCUCGGAAGUUUUACUUGCUUUGGUUGCCCGCGUGGGACAGAUUUUGACAUUAUUGCAAGGAAGUGCAAAGCAUCCAAUGUUAUCUUAGGUGUUACCAUUGGACUGAGCUCUGGCGCGGGGAUUCUGUUUCUUGCCGUGAUUACGAUCAUUAUCAUCCAUAGAUGGAAGAAAGGCGUCCAGAAACAGCUCAAGAAGAGCUACUUUCGCAAGAACAAGGGCAUCCUCCUUGAACAGCUCGUCUCCUCUGACCCAAGUGCCAGUGACAGCACCAAGAUAUUCUCCCUGGAAGAGCUAGAGAAGGCGACCAACAACUUUGACCACUCGCGCGUGGUCGGCCGUGGCGGCCACGGGACGGUCUACAAGGGCAUCCUGAUGGACCAGCGCGUUGUCGCCAUCAAGAGGGCAAAGCUGGUGGCGAGCGCCGAGAUCGACCAGUUCAUCAACGAGGUUGCCAUCCUGUCGCAGAUCAACCAUCGGAACGUCGUGAAGCUCCAUGGAUGCUGCCUGGAGUCCGAGGUCCCUCUGCUCGUCUACGAGUUCGUCUCCAGCGGCACGCUCUACGACCUCUUGAACGGGGCGCAAGAUGGUAGGCUUCUGCCGAUGCCUUGGGAGGAGCGCCUAAGGAUCGCCACCGAGAUCGCGGGCGCGCUCACGUACCUGCACUCGGCAGCUUCAAUGUCGAUACUUCAUCGAGACAUCAAGUCCAUGAACGUGCUCCUGAACGACAGCCAUACGGCAAAGGUUUCGGAUUUUGGUGCGUCGAGGUCGAUACCGAUUGACCAGACACAUCUGGUCACUGCCGUGCAGGGCACCUUUGGCUACUUGGAUCCGGAGUACUACCACACGGGCCGAUUAACCGAGAAGAGCGAUGUCUACAGUUUCGGGGUGAUUCUUGUCGAAUUGCUGAUGAGAAAGAAGCCGCUCAUUGAGAACGAGAAUGGCGAGAAGCAGAACUUGUCCAACUACUUCCUGUGGGCUAUGGGGGAGAGGCCUCUAGAGGAGAUAGUGGAUAAGCAGGUUCUGCGGGAAGAAGAUAUAGAGGCGAUCAAGCACGUGGCUUUCUUGGCGCGAGAGUGCUUGAACCUGAGAGGGCAGAAGAGACCUAGCAUGAAGGACGUGGAGAUGAGGUUACAAUUCCUGAGGGCACGGAAGGUUGCUCCAGGAAAGGAUGAAGUAGUUCGAUCUCACCGUGAUGUAGUAGGAGGAGAUUGGCAUGGAGGCGUUGUUCCGGCGGCUGGUCACGAUGGCACACGCCAGUACAGUCUAGAGCAAGAGUACGCGUCAUCCUUGCGCAUACCACGAUAA